AUCCAGUCCUCACAUCCACAUAACACAACAACGCUCACAACUAUGGCUUCACGAGACGGCAGCGCACGCCUGCGUGAUAGGGAACGAGACUACGAUCGGGCCCCAACCCGUGACCGCGACGUCCGCGAAAGGAGAGACGACCGCGGCGGCGAGCCACACGACCGGCGCAAUCGUUCCCGCAGUCCACGACACGAACGCGGUGGACGACGAUCAGACAAGAAUCGCUUUCGCUCGCGUUCCCCUGCUCGAGGCGACGAGCGUGACGAGAAACCCUCACGCGACGGCCGCGGCGCGCGAGAGCCGCCAAAAGGACCCCGUGGCCCUGGAGGAAACUAUCGUGGACGCGAUAACAGGUCUGGCGGACCAGUGAAGGCUGAAGUCAAAUCUGAGGAGCCCGAAGAUGUCAAGAUGACUGAUGCAGCGGCGCGCCCGGAUGAUAUGGACGAGGAUACAUGGGAGAUGAUGAAGGUGAUGGGAUUCAAAGGAUUCAAGACCACCAAGAACACGAAGGUCCCUGGAAAUGAUCGCAAUUAUGGUGUGAGAAAGGACAAGAAGAUGGAGGCUCGUCAAUACAUGAACAGACAGGGUGGAUUCAACAGGCCUCUAUCCCCAGGCAGAGGAUGAGCAAGUUGGGAGAACGACACGGCGAAUCUGCAUGCCGAUUCCAAAAGAUCACUGCACUCUUGGUGCAUUUCGAGAGAUACCCGGCCAUUCGGCAAAAACACGAACAGAAGCAGGAUACAGCUAUGGCAAUAUCGAUGUGACACUACCAUAUCGUGGGACACAAUCGACUGGCAGAUUUUUCUGAAAGACUGUCAGCCAUGUCUUGGGAGUUGAGCCCUUGAAAAUAACAAAGGAAAGCUCUAUUUCGAUCUUGGAGGAUUCAAGGACGGAAAACAACAUGCGAGUCAAAGCAUAUGGACCUGGAGCUUGAGUGGGAUAAUUGGGAGCCCCAAAUGUUUAUCCUAGCAGCAUUCUCCCAGCAAGGCUUCAAAAGGCUAUCGUUAAAAUAAUGAGCAAUAGCCAUAGAAUAUAAUAUGUUCAAAUCCUA